AUGAGUCUCAGGGCGAUGCUGAUGGCAAGAACGUUUCGAGCGCAAGACUCGUCAGCUCCAGUUGCUGACACAGUGCGUCAGAUUGAGGUGGCAGUGGCAAGGUUUGUGCGUUUACUUUCGUCUUUGCCUGAGAGCGCAAAGGCGUAUACGUUACAUCAUUCGCAGGGUUCGCCUGAGGCAGGUGAGGGAAUGGAUGGUCACGUCUUUGGCGUGAGUGCUAGGCCUUCUGAUGCUGGGAGCGGUGUGAAGUGCAACCGUUGUGGCAAGAAGGGGCAUCAAGUGAAUCAGUGCACGGCAGACCUUUCCAAGGUUAAGUGCUUCAAGUGCGGAGAGAUGGGCCACAUAUCUUUGAACUGUGCCAAGGGCAAGCAGGGUGAUGUUUCUCAGUCGAGUGCGAGGCCUAAGGGUUCUGAUGGCAAAGGUGCUGCUGCGGCCAAGGGUCAAGUUUCUUUUUCGCCUAAAGGUAAGAGCAAAGGAAAAGGAGGAAAGAAAGGAAAAAUGUUUGCUCUGUUUGAUGAGGAAACGGGGGUUUGGUGGUACACAGAUGCUGAUGAAUCUUUUUACACCGAGGAAGAUGAUGAGCAAGAAGCACAGCAGGUGGACUCCACUCUUGUGUUAUCUUGUGUCAUUGAGUUAACUGAUGAGCCCAAUACGCGUUUUGAAGCUGUCUGUGAAGACAGCGAGUCGGUGUCUGUUGUGCUCCAAGAGCAGUUGUGUCAACCUUUGUUGCAGUCGUUGGGUCAGUCGCUUGGAAGUGAGUUUUGGCUGCUUGACUCAGGUGCGUCAUGCUGUGUUAUCAACCAUGUGACUUUGAAGACGCUUCCGCAUGAUGAGUUGACUGCAUGUGGUUCGACGUUUAUGGCUGCGAAUGGGACUCCUGUUCCCUUUGAUGGUCGUUGCCAUGUUGUGCUAAAGGUUCGAACAAAGGAUUCAAGUGGAGCUACCAAGAAUGGUGUCUGUAAGAUCCCUGUGAUGGUGGGUGACACUCCUUACAAUAUCCUGUCAACGCGAACUCUUGGAAGGCAUGGCUGGCGUGUUGUCUUGGAUGAAGGCGUUUCUGUGUGUCAUGUGAAGUCGGGUGUUGAUAUGAUUGAUACCUGUAUUUGGUGUGACACGCCUUGGAUCCGCGUGAUUCCUCAUUCAGAGGGUGAUCUCUUGUUGCCGUCGGGUGACUCAGUUGAUCCUGCUCCAAUUUCCUCGAUUGGACAUGUUGCAGUUGUUUCGCAGAAGACCAAGGAAGAUCUUGAAAUUCACAGAGCAAAGGGCCACAUGCCCUUCCAUCCUGAUUGCGAGCAUUGUCUGAAGUCCCGAGGUGUUACCCAACACAGGCGAAAGUCUGAGCGCGGAGUGGAAACAGAGAUUGUUGCAGAUUUUAUGUUUCUCGACUCUUCUGGAGAGACGAUCAGCGUAGCUGAGCGCCAGACAAGUAGCUCUUUCAAGGUCCUCGUCCUUCGUGAGGCCUUUUCUUCUUCUAUUGGGGCUGUGAUGAUAACUGAGAACAUUGCAAAGGACAGAGGUCUUCUUUUGAAGUGGCUUGCUGAGUUUGGGUUGUCGUCCUCACAGGCAAGCAUUGUGCUUUUGACAGAUUCCGAAGAAGCGGUGAAGUCGUUUGUUGCAGGUGCGUCGGAUAAGUACAUCUUUAUGGUGCGCAAGGCUGCGCCACAAGCUCAUGAACAGCUUGGUGGUGCGGAAAGGACAGUCCGGGUCCUUAAAGAAGGGCUAGCUACUCCGCAAAGUGAUUUUCAGUCGCUUGGUUGCGUUUUGUCGUUUCGGAGAGACUUGCUGCAGCUUGCACUUUCUUACCUGUGCAUGAGUGUGAAUGCGAAUGGCAAAGCUUUUGGCGGUGAACGCUCUCCAAAGGAGGUUGCAGUUGGUCGAAGGUUGCCAGAUACCCCUUUUGCGUUGUUUGGGUCCAAGGUGCUUGCUGAGGUCCCUGAGUCUGUGAAGGCUUUGUGCCCGAAUAUGUCGCGUUUUGAGGCGGCAGCUUUUCUUCACCCGCAAUUUGGGUCGCUUGGGAGCUUGGUGUAUGCGCAUGUGCGUGUGGGCCAGGUCUUGACGCCAAAGGUGUUUGUUGCCAAGUCGAUCAAGCUUGUGUUUCCGAUUGAGCUUGUCUUCGAGUCGGGGAUGUUUGAAGUUUUGCGUCGUCGUGGUGAGCUUGGGCCUGAGAGGCCAGAUCAUCCAGUUGCGCCUCGGAUUCUUCCGAGUUCCCAGGGUGCCUCUUUGAAGUGUCCUGUUUCCGGUCCGCCAAAGGAGUUUUUUGAGAGGUAUGGGUUCUCAGGUGAGUGCCGAGCGUGUUCUAACAUGGCACAAUUUGGGUCUAGGAAGGGCUCUUCUCACGGUCGGGCUUGCUGUUUGAGAUAUGAAGCGUGGUUGCGGUCGCAAGUUGCAACAGAUGACAGCAUGGACGUUGAAGUGCCUGUGGCUUCGGAUGCAGAGGCUAUGCGUGAAGCUCUUUCUGAGCUAGCCGAGGAUGAGUCGAGGCAAGACCGAGCUGUGGAGGAGGCUCAGGGUUGUCCUUUGCCUCCCCCGGCCAGUGGGGACGCUGCUUCGUCUGAGGCUCCAGCGAGGAUUGUGAGCGAGGCGGCCCCUAGUGGUCGUGUUUUCACGCAUGGUUGUCCUGCGUGCGAGUCUGGCAUGAAUGCUCCUGGCAUUCGUCACAAUGCUGAUUGCAAGCGAAGGAACCAACAUCUGAGUGUUAGAUUUUCUGUUUCUGGGGAGCCCGAUGAUGACGAAGCUUCAUCCAGGCGUCUGCCUGAAAAUCUUGAAGGAGCUGCUGCUCCUGAGUCUGAGGGCAUUGGGGCUCUUGAUGAGGACACUGAGAUGCCGUUUGCCGAUCCAGUGUUGACUGGAAGUGAAGGCGGAGGCAGCCUAGAGGCUGAAGAAGUGCUUCGUGGAAGCAGUGCUGUGAAACGCUCCUCUGAAGUCCCGUUGGAAGAUCUGGAGCGUGAGAUCAGGCAGGACCAAGAAAGGGUUGCUUCAGUUAUGGUUACCUUCCACAAUUGCGAAACAGGGAAUGAUGUUCACAUGCCUCUUGCGAGUUUUGUUGAGCAGGCGUUCCAGGUUUCCAAUUAUGUCCCUUUGCUUUCAGGGCUUGUGGAUUCGGUUCAGUUCGCCCCGAACUCUACGAGUGUUGUUUUGCCGUUUGGAAAAAGAUCGCAUUUGAGACUUUGGAAGCCUAGUUCCGCUGUUGAUGACUCUACCUUGGGUGAACUUUCAGGAGAUCAGGUCAUGGAAGGCAUGGUCAAAGAAGUCAACAAUUUGAGUCACAUGGAAACUGGGGAUCUGUUGACUGCUUCAGAACUUCAGAGUCUUGAGAAGAGGUUCCCAGGUACCUUGAAGGUCAUCCCUAGUCGUUGGGUCACAACACAGAAAACACCAACUACAGUGCGAGCUAGGAUUGUCAUCAAGGAUAUUGCUGGCAAGAACUCAGAGUCUGCAAGGGCUUUGGGCAUCUCGAGUCCUACUCCUAGUGCCGAUGCUUUGUUCACGGUUCUUGGGGUUGCAGGUUGCAGAGAUUGCGUGAUUGCAAGUGCUGAUGUAUCUCACGCUUUCAUGGCUACGCCUUUGAGAGAAAGGGAUGUGGUGAUGAGGUUUCCUCUGUCAGUGUCUUCGGUUUCAGGGGAUCCUUUGUAUCUUCACCUUAACAAAGCCCUCAAUGGGCUGCGGAAGGCUUCGCAGGAAUGGAUCUACUUCGUAGGGGAGACUGUGAAGGUUUUGGGGCUUCAAAGUUGCAGCUUAGAGCCGUGUCUGUUUUCAGGCAUGCUUGAGUCAGGUCCCUGUUUGCUGUUGGUCUAUGUGGAUGAUUUUCUGUGCAUUGCGCCAACAAAGGAGGAUGCAGAUCACAUCUUUGAGGUGAUUGAGAAGAAAGUUGAACUCAAGAGAACCGGGUUGAUCAAUUCUUCCAAGGAUGGCGGUGGCACUUUGCGGUUUAUUGGUAGGGUUAUCUCCAGGAGAAAGGGGGAGUCCUCUAUCACAGUGUCUUUGCCAGAAGAUUAUUUGGAUGAGACCUUCAAGGCUUAUGGUCUUUCGGGAAAAGGUUCCUCAAGUCCUCCAGAUGUUGCGGUUCAUGUUGAGAAGCAAGAUGGGGUUCCAUUGUCUCCUGAGGCGUAUGCCAGGUUCAGGUCUGCGUUGGGGAAAGUAGCUUGGAUGACGCAGACUCGUCAGGACUUGCGUGCUUAUGUGUCAAUCUUGGCAACGCAGCAAGCCACACCCACGAAUCAUACUGAGCAUGGUCUCCGAGCCUUGCUUCGAUUUCUGAAGAACGACAUGUGCGUGGUUGUGCGGUUGCCUGCUGCGAGUGAUGUGUUGGCUCCCUCGCAACACUACCAAGGAAAGAGGCACCUUGUGUGUUUCUCUGACGCAUCGCAUGCGCCUUUGAGGUGCACGAAGCGCCGUGGAAUCAGUGGAGGAGUGUUGACACUUGAUGGCUGCGUGAUAAAGACUUUGUGUCGUCACCAACAGCUUGUGUCGCUGUCGUCUAUGGAGUCAGAGCUGUUUGCGUUGCAGUCGGUUGCUCAAGAAAUGUCGAGUCUUGGAAAGUUCAUGGCAAGGGUCUUCGUGUCGUUUCGAGAAAGCGAGGAAGUUGAAUUGCCUGGGAUACUUUACAGUGACUCAGAAAGCGCUUUGAAGCUUCUUCGCAAUUUGGACACACCCAGGCAAAGCAGACAUCUUGAGAUAAGAGUCGAGUGGCUUAAAGCUCGUGUCGCAGCGGGUUCUUUGGUCCUUGCGUUUAAGAAGGGAAUCGAAAAUCCGUCAGACCUCUUGACUAAAUGUUUGGGGUCCUCGGCUUUCGGGAUACAUCGCGAAGCGUUGGGCUUUGAGUCGCUGUCGGGACCACUUGCGUCUUUGUGCAAUCAUGAGAAGAGAUUGGUGAUGGUUGAAGUGUGCUGUCGACCGCAGUCGAGUGUUCAAGGUGCAUGUCGCAGAGUCGGGAUGAGUUACGUUGGCGUGACUGAGAACAUGCAGAGUGACAGCGUGUUCAAAGAGGUGCGUCGAUAUCUUCUGAACUUUGCGUGUGACUGCGUGUUUGUGCAUGUGUCCACGCCUUGCUCUUCUGGAUCUUACUUGCGUCGGUUCUCUGGCGGGAGCUCGUCGAAGUCGGAUUGGGAAUGGUUUGAGGUGUUUCCUUGUGUGUUGAAGUACUUGAAGCUUGGGAAGCACUCGAGCUUUGAGCUGCCAUGGAACAAUGAGAUUUGGCAACAUGACUUGUGCCAGAAGGUGCUGAAGAAGGCAGGCCACACGUUCGAUGUGCCGGUGAGGUUGUGCAUGACUGGUGUGCUAAGCAUGCAAAUCUGUGGCAGGUGCGAUCAAAACGUUGCAGUGAUGCUUUUGGGGGGGGGUUUGGGCCGGGCUGUUGGCUGGGUUCGGAUUCUCCUCUUGACGCCGGUGCGAACUCGUGCUGCCAUGGUUCUCACGACCGAUGAGCGCAGGGAGCUGCGCCGUUUGCUGGAUAAGACGGAUUCUGCAGAUGGCUUGGCUUCGACUGCCAAUACUUCUAUGACCGAUGGGACCAAGCGUCUCAGAGAUGUGGGUGGAUAUCCAGAGGAUGGGUCUGCUGCAUCAGGAUCUGCUUGCGGUGCCCAGCUGCCGAUUUCAAAGGGAAGCGCAAAGGGUGCUGUGAGCACUCCCAAGUGUUAUGAAGACCUCGUCGAUGCAUUCGAGGGGGAAGAGUUUGGGGAGAGUGACAAUGUGAUUGUCGUGAGCUAUGCGGGUACUGAGGUCACCUCGGUGCCACUUCCAAGUGAUCUAUCUUUGGAGGAUUGGGGUCGGACAAUCUGCGAUCUGCCAAAGGUCCAGAAGAAUAAGAUGUGGUUUAAGAAGUCCUAUGCGGCCUUGGUCAAGCUUGCCAAGGAGGAUAGCGACCUUGCAAGCUACCUCAAUUGGAUCAAGGAGAAAUUUGGUCGCAAUUAUGAUCCGACGACCUCCUCCAGUCAGUCCUCGGACCUUGCGGGGUAUUUGAUGAGGAUUGGUUUUUCAAAGCAGAAGGGAUUCCAGCGCAAGUUGGCGGUGUGGGCCGAUCUCCCGGAUGAGGCCAGGACCCAGCUCAGCGAUGCUGGUUUUGAGGCCCCUCAGACCUCUGAUGCUGAUAUGGAGCCAGACCUCCUGGCCUUACUCCAGGAUAACGUGGAGCGGCUCCCGGAGUGCAUCCGCCAGGCCUUGCCUCCACCCCCUCCUGAGCCCACCCCCGACCCUCUAAAGGAAGGUCGCGAGUCGGGUAAUGCUCUCCGUCGUUCCAUCUUGAAGCUCAAGCAGUUGGGACAGGAAAAGCUCAGGCUCCAGGAGGAGAUCAACAAGACCAAGACCAAGCUCCAUGACCUUCUCCGCGGCAUGCAGGAGCUUCAGGAGGCUAUCUCUGAGGCCACCGAUGUGGCCAGGAAGUGCUCUGACACGUAUGAGCGCGGAGUCCUACUGCACGCCCUCACGGAGGACCAAAAGGCCAACCUCAAUGCCCUUCGUGAUGGGCAGGCCAACGGUGAUCUUACCGAUGAGGCCCAGGACGGCUCUACCGAGAACCCUGGGGCUCGCCAGGUCGGCCUCACCACCCCGACGAAGACCCGGAGCCGCUCUCCUUCCCGAGUGCCCUCGGCCUCUGACGCUGCCAAGGUUCCCUCCCGCAUACCUCCUCCCCUCGGCUUAGCUGUUUUGGAGCCUGAGGUUUCGGGCAGGUCCUUUUUCACUCCGCCGUCGGGCCAACUGCCCGUGGCCCAACUCUUUCCGAGCGAGGGGUACUGGCACACCUCUUUCUUUGAGGAGCCAUCGGCCUCCUCCUCGGUUUUUAACUUCACUCUCGACGGCCAAGGUUCGGGAGCUUUCCUUCACCCUCAGGUGUUCGUUCCCCCCUCGGCCAGCUCUACCUCCUCCUCCCCUGAGUGGGUAGAGGUUCCACGCUCUUCUCGACGGCAGCCCCGGAUUCUGUCUCUUGAGUCCCUGGUGGCGCCUCCCUCUCCUCUCACAGGGCCGGUUUACUUCCCACAGGCUUUCGCCUCGGAUCCCAGCCCUGCCUCGACCUGGUGCCCUAAAUUGGUCCAGCCCUCCGGCCCAUCGAGCCGUCGAGGUGCCAGGCGUGACAGACGGUCUAAGCACCGUCGCCACCGGCUUCAGACGCCGGGCCUUUUCACCCAGCUCCAGGUCGAGAUGUGCGACCAGGCCCUGAAUCCUGGCUCCUCGGUCGAGCGCGACCUUGUUGAGUUCGCUUCUAAGGUCGAGGAUGCUAUUUCGCCGGGGUCUGCCGAGGAGUGGUUCUUGGAACAUGCCCUCGAUGCCAUUCAUGAUGACACGCCUUCCCCCGCAAAGUGGCACCUCCUCAAGCAAAUGGCCCAGGUCCUCUCGCUGCAACACAAUACCCCCUAUAGCCCCGCCUCCUUCAGGCUCCUGUGUGCCAAUGUUACUCACUGGAGGCCAGAGGUUCGGGAUUGGGCCUUCUCCCUGGAAGGCCAUGGGGUUCUGCUUCAGGAGCUUCACCUCACCUCUGAGGCUGCUCAUGAGGCUGCGAUUGCCGCCUCUAAAAGAGGGUUUCGUCUCUUUUCCUCGCCUCCCUUCCUGAGUGAUAAGAGGCGCCCCCUGGGAGGUUUCGGUGUCCUCAUCCGCUCCUUCCUUAACCCCCGACAUGUCCUCACCCACACCGUGGAGGGUUGUGGUUUCCUGGCGGUUUCGCUUCGGUGUUCCGGUUUCGAACUGACCCUGGUCUCCAUUUACCUCCAGUCCGGUACUGGCUUUAACUCUCCGGUCAACGCCGAUGUCCUUGCUCGCCUCUUAGCCUUUCUUCCUUCCCUCCGGGGUGUGUGGAUCGUUGCCGGUGACUGGAACAACCCCAUACAAGAUCUCCUCGCCACUCGGCUUGAGGAAGUUUCCCAUGGGCGUUUCCUGGGCUCCGGUUCACCCACCGCUGCGACCGACCGGGAACUUGACUACUUUCUGGUCUCGUCUCCGGCUGUUGCUUCCCUGCAAGUCGCUCAGGACUGGGUCGUCCCCUUCAAGCCUCACUGCGCUCUGCGGGCCACACUUCAGCUCAGCUCUCUGCAGCUUCCCUACCCGCAACUCGCUACCUUUUGUGAGGUCUUUCCUGACCCCUUGCCUUUUCAACCCUCGGUCCCGAGCCCCUCGCCUAUCGCUGAGGUUAACCUUCUUGGCCUCACAUCCACCGACAAGCUCACUCUCGACUUCGCCGAGUUGAGCUCUUUCCUUGAGGUCUCUCACGGGUUCCCCGACCGAGGGCGUGGGGCUUUCGUCCCCUUUCUUCACAAGCCCCUCGUCCAGGGCCACUCUGUUACCUUUGCCUGGAAAGGCCAGCUCCCUUCCUUGGUGUCAGCCGUGCUUCACCUGCUUGACCGGCCCGAAGCUGUGCAGUCCUUCUUGUGGUCCUCUUCGGACACUUCCCUCCCCUCGGAGGUCCGCGCCUUUUGUGACCGGGUGCGCGACGGUUCCGCUUCUUCCGCCACCCUCCGCGCCGAAGGCACUGCCCUCCUUGGCCAACUCCGGCGCGAGCAAACUGCCCAGCAAGCUGACCAGUACGGUGAGUGGCUGGAGGAAGCUUCGGGUUCACACCUGGGGCCGCUCUUUCGAGCCAUCAAGUCCCAUGAGCAGGUGCUUGAUCGGCCCUUUCAAGAUUGCGAUGGACUCCGCCGUGUCUUUGAAAGGCAUGAGCAUUGGGCCCGCGUCUGGCAUGCCUCGGUUUUUCCCCAGCACUUUGCUCACCCUCUCCUCGCGGAGCUCCGCUCGAGGGCCGUCUCCCAUUCUGGCACCCUGGCUCCCUUGACUGUUCCCCACCUUCAGAAACUUCUCAAGAAAGCCGGGAAAAAGAAAGGGGGCCCAGACGGAUGGAGCUACCCAGCCCUCCGUGCACUGGACCCGGCGGCUCUUCAGCUCGUUGCCGACUUCCUCGCCCGUGCUGAGGCUGAGGUGCUUCUGCCUUUCCAGCUCACCUGCGUUCAGGUCGCUCUUCUCCCGAAGUCGGCCGACAAGGAGCGCCCCAUAAGUCUUCUACCCUGUCUGUGGAGAUUGUGGGCACGAGCUAGGUGGCAGGACAUCUCGGCUUGGACGUCGGCUUACGCCCCCGCCCACCCGUGGGACCGGGCGGUUCCAGGCCAGGCAAGCCUGGACACGGCGCUGGCACGCCUUGUCAGAUCAGAGCAUUCAAAGCUCGAGAAGACUCACAUAGUGUCGCUCUUCCUCGACUUGCGAGGCUUCUUCGACUCUGUGAGCUAUGAGCGCCUUCUCCUCCAAGGGCUCGCUCACAGUUUCCCUCCUCUUCACCUCUGGUUCGCCCUCCAGGUCUACCAGGGUCCUCGCUGUCUCGUGGCCGACUCGAUCGCUGCCACGCCGCUCUUUCCUGGCCGGGGCGUACCCCAGGGCUGCCCUCUCGCACCCUCGCUUUCCAAACUUACCAUGUCCGAGCCACUCCAGAAGGUUUCUUCCCUUCCCUUCGUCACCAACACUGACUUAUGGUUGGACGACGUGAGUUUAGACGUGGUGGGUUCCGACCCUGUCGAGGUCGCUUCCUCUGCGCUUCAGGCCUACCGGGUUCUUCAUGCCUCCCUCGGCCUUGAGGGCCUAGAGGUUGAGACCACAAAGACCAAGUUCGUAGCCGGUACGGUCCGCGCUCGCGCCGCGCUUCAGCAGCUGCGGCGCCCGGGCGAACCCGACACCGCUGACCUUGUUAAGGACCUAGGUCUUGACUGCGCUGCUGGCCGACGGCGGCGCAUCACCACCGCUCAAAAGCGCUUUCGCACUGGCAUCGGCCGUGUCCGCCACAUGCGCCGCCUCCGCAUCCGCCGCAGGUGGGUUCGUGGCCGGCUGCUCCAAGCCUCCGCCCUUAGGGCUGGUCUUUAUGGCCAUCAGGCCGUAGGGGUUGCCCCUAAGCGCCUUAUAAGGUCUUACGCUCGGCGGUUGCGCGCGAGGCUGGUCGUUUUGAGCACGGCUCCGCCGACGUGA